AUGAAGGGAAAAAACAAAGUCAGCGAAAGCAAGUCACGCCAGACUUCUAAUGGCCAUAAAUCGAAACAGCAUCACUUGAGGAAAGGUAGGCAAGAAUCCCGAACCACAAAUGUUGAAAAUGAUCGACUUCCAGUUAAACUAGCAAUGUGGGAUUUUGAUCAUUGUGAUCCAAAACGGUGUUCGGGGAAAAAAUUGGAGCGUUUGGGUCUCAUAAAGAACUUACGCAUUGGUCAGAAGUUUAGUGGUGUGGUAGUGUCUCCAAAUGGAAAGGGAGUAGUAUGUCCUGAUGACAGAGAGAUUGUAGAGGAGUUUGGAAGUUCGGUAGUAGAAUGUUCAUGGGCACGAUUGGACGAAGUACCCUUCAACAAAAUUGGAGGAAAGCACGAGAGAUUGCUCCCGUACCUUGUUGCAGCAAACCCAGUGAAUUAUGGUCGACCUUGGCGACUCAAUUGUGUUGAAGCAUUGGCUGCCUGUUUUGCCAUAGUUGGACACUGGGACUGGGCCGAAGUGCUUCUCGAAAACUUUAGUUGGGGAUUGACAUUUUUGAAAAUCAACAAGGAGCUCUUGGAGAUAUACAUGCAAUGUUCAGAUUCUGACUCGGUCAAUAAAGCACAGGAGGAAUGGUUGCAACGAAUACAAGACGAGGCCAAGAAUCGAAAAGAACAGGCGAAAAAUGAAGACUUGUGGAUGAUGGGUAAUGUUAAUAGACACGGCAGCGAUGAAGAAGAAGAUGAUGAUUCAGAGAGAGAAUCCGAAGAUGAAGUCGAGUCAGAGAAGAAAUCUGAAGAAGUGGAGGUUGAUGCGCUCGGAAACUUUGUCACCAAAAAAGUUGAAGAAGAAUUUGACGACAGCGAAGUGGAAGAAAUUUAUGACAAAUUGGGCAAUUUGGUUGUACAAGACUGA